AUGCACGGCCUUUUGAAAAAAAGAGUAACCAAAGGGAUUUCCUCGUUUUCCACGGGUGCAUCAAGUCAGCAAUUUCGUCCAAGAAAUGAACAGUCACAGGGACCAAAGAAAUGUUCGGUGUGUUCAAACCAGCAUGGAGUGUGGCGAUGUGAUGUGUUUAAAUACUUGGAUUAUGAUGCUAAACGUAAAUGCGUGCAAGAGAAUGGUCUGUGCAACAAGUGCCUGGAUAGGGGGCACAUCAGUACGAACUGUCCGAAGACCCGAUUUCGUUGUCAGGUUGAUAACUGUGGUGGAAGGUACCAUACGUUGAUGCAUAGACCAAACAAGUCGUUAAAGAUCUCUGGAGAAAGAAAAGAUCCUAGCAAAUCUGGGGAGGCAGAUUGA